GCCUCUCUAAUGAGCACGUUUAAAAUCCAUCCCGUUAUUUCCAUACGUGCUGACGUCAUUUACAGAAACUCGUGCGCGUGUGGCCUGCAGUUCGGACAGCGGUCAGAUCAUCUGAUCAUCAAGCAGCAGAAACUCUCACCAUGGGAAACUGUCAACCAACAAUUGUUCCUUAUGAAGACUUCGAUGUAGUUGCCGAUAUAAAGGCCAUCCGCAAAGCCUGCAAAGGUUUAGGAACUGAUGAGCAAGCCAUCAUAAACAUUCUAGCCAAUCGAAGUGCAGCUCAGAGAAUGGAGAUCAAACAAAUAUACUUUGAGAAAUAUGAUGACGAGUUGGUGGAGGUUUUGAAGAGCGAGCUGUCUGGAAACUUCGAGAAUGCCAUCAUUGCCAUGUUGGAUCCUCCCCACGUGUUUGCUGUUAAGGAGCUCAGGAAGGCCAUGAAGGGCGCUGGCACAGACGAGGAUGUCCUGGUGGAGAUUCUGUGCACUGCUACCAAUGCUGAGAUUGCCACUUACAAAGACACCUACAUCUAUGUGCAUGACAGAGAUUUGGAUGCAGACAUUGAAGGAGACACCAGUGGGGAUGUUAGGCGACUGCUAACAUUGCUUCUCGAGGGUAACAGAGAUGAGAGCUACGAGGUGGACGAAGCACUGGCAGAGCAAGAUGCCGUCUCACUAUUUGAAGCUGGAGAGGGCUGCUUUGGCACAGAUGAGUCAACUUUCAGCUUCAUUCUGGCCACCAGGAACUACUUACAGCUGCAGGCCACAUUCAAAGCCUAUGAAGCCAUUUCUGGAACUGAGAUUUUGGAUGCAAUUGAUAAGGAAACCUCUGGAACUCUGAAGGACUGCUUCAUUACUCUUGUGAGGUGUGCUAAGAGCCCCCAGCUAUUCUUUGCCCGGAGGCUGAACGCCGCUAUGAAAGGAGCCGGAACUGAUGAAGACACUCUCAUCCGCAUCAUUGUGUGUCGCUCAGAGAUUGAUCUGGAGACCAUUAAAGACAUGUACCUGGAGAAAUAUGAUGUGUCUCUAAAAGACGCCAUCAGCUCCGAAUGCGGUGGAGAUUUCAAGCGCCUCCUGCUGGCCAUCCUUCACUGAGACGCACAAUCAGACCCCAGUGCUUACCAUGGACCAAGGAAGCUUUCAUUAAAGUCCCAAUCAAGGCAAACUAACAUGACUUAUUUUCUGUCCUAUAGUCUACACAAUUUUAUAAACCUUAGUUUAAAGUGGAGAAGUAGGGACUAAACUUUCAAAUACAUUUUUAAUAUCAAUGUAUCAAAGUAUGUACUGUGCAAUAUAUAUGCCUGUUUAAAUUAUGAAUAUACAUAACAUGAUUCAAAAGUCUCAUGAUCAGCUGUCCUCACAAACAGAAACAUGCAUGUGUGUCCAGUUUCUGUGACAUUCCUUGUUUUUGACACUAAAUUGGCCAGUUGAAUUUGUUUAAGUGGAGUCUUGUGGUUUCUGGGAUUACAAAAUAACAUUGUUAGCUUACCUACAUUAUGAUAAUUUUGAGUUGAGAAGUAAGAACAUAAAUGAUGCAAGACCAGCAAUUUUAUUUACUGUCAAAUAUCAGUCAUGAGAUCAUUUUCCUGCCAGUAUUUUGCCAUACAAAAACCUCACAGUUUCACUGACCGUUUCAAAAUGUGCAUGACAAUGUGAAUUCUGAAUAUGUGUGAACGACAUUAUGACGCAUACAGAGAAACACUGAAUGUAACAUUUAUGGUCAGCAAAAUUAUUUAUGAAACUUCUAUGCAGCUAAUAUGUCAACCUGUGGUAAAAUAUCUGCGUUAUUGAAGUGACAGUUUUACUCACAAUCAGUAAUGUUGUAACUAACACAAAACUAAAGUAUUUAUAAUAUUUAGAUGGAAUAUUUUAAUAUAAAUUACAUAAUAUUUUAAUAUAUCUUUAACACAAGAAUAAAGGCAGAGUUGUGUUGUUCUCCCCCCUCAUUUUUUUUUACCAUUAUCAUUUUAUCAAUUCAUCCAUUUUAUCAAAUUAAGAUCAAGAACAUAGACCCAUGUGUUAUUCAGUAUGCAGGGCUUACUAUCUGUGAAAUGACUAUUUAAAUGAAACGUAGUUUGAGUAAAUGUGAGAUGGAACUUGGACUAGUAUCUUCUGUAUUAACACAAUUGUAUUUCAUUCUAUGAAAUAAUUAACUGAAUAAAAUAAAGCCGUUCAAAGUA